CCCGUUAAUAGUUAACUCUGUCCACCGCUUAUAAAUAGCUGGCUCUCCUCUCUUCUUUGCCUUACUCCAAAACACUAGCCAGCUUCAGAAUUCACCAGUAUUCCCUACUAGAGAAUUCCAGUUUCUUUUCGUUCGACAUUGUUUGUACAGUUUUUAACCCGCUAGCUUUGUACAGAAACAAAAAUGGUGAGUGGCCAGCUUUUGUCUAAGCUUGCAACCAAUGAAGGACAUGGAGAAAACUCGCCUUACUUCGAUGGAUGGAAAGCCUAUGAUAAGAACCCAUUUCACCCUACUGACAAUCCUGACGGCGUCAUCCAAAUGGGUCUUGCAGAAAAUCAGCUUUCCUUUGAUCUGAUCAGAGAUUGGAUUAAGCAACAUCCUGAAGCUUCCAUUUGUACUGCUGAAGGAGUUGAUAAGUUGAAGGACAUUGCCAACUUCCAGGAUUAUCACGGCUUGCGGGAAUUUAGACAGGCUAUUGCCAAGUUUAUGGGGAUGGUUAGAGGCGGCAGGGUAACUUUUGAUCCUGAUCGCGUAGUCAUGGGUGGAGGAGCCACCGGAGCUAACGAGCUGAUAAUGUUCUGCUUGGCAAAUCCUGGGGAUGCUUUCCUCGUUCCCUCACCUUACUAUCCAGCAUUUGAUCGUGAUCUGACAUGGCGAACAGGCGUUCAGAUUAUUCCAGUUGACUGCUACAGCUCCAACAAUUUCCAGAUAACAAAGGCUGCACUUGAAGCAGCAUAUGAUAAAGCCCAAGAUGCCGGUAUUAAUGUCAAGGGCUUAAUCGUAGCCAACCCAUCGAAUCCACUGGGCACCAUCUUAGACAGUGAGACCCUAAAAGACCUGGUGAGCUUCAUCAACGAAAGAAACAUUCACUUAGUCGUCGACGAAAUAUAUGCAGCUACCAUCUUCAGGUCCCCUACCUUCAUAAGCGUCGCUGAGAUUAUCCAAGAGAUGGAUUGCAACCACGAUCUUAUCCACAUCGUUUAUAGCUUGUCUAAGGACAUGGGACUCCCCGGCUUCAGAGUUGGCAUCGUUUAUUCCUAUAACGAUGAUGUCGUGAGCUGCGCACGCAAGAUGUCGAGCUUUGGGUUAGUGUCCUCGCAGACUCAAUAUUUGCUGGCUCCAAUGCUCUCGGAUGAGGAGUUUGUGAAGAAUUUUCUUGCAGAGAGCUCGAGAAGGCUAAACAAAAGGCACAGUAUGUUCACAAAGGGGCUGGAACAAGUAGGGAUCAGUUGUUUAAAAGGCAAUGCUGGUCUUUAUGUUUGGAUGGACUUGCGCCAUCUUAUUAAAGAACCAACUUUUGAAGGGGAAAUGGCUUUGUGGAGGGUGAUUAUUAACCAAGUGAAGCUCAAUGUUUCUCCGGGCUCUUCUUUUCAUUGUAAGGAGGCUGGUUGGUUCAGGGUUUGCAUCGCUAAUAUGGACGAUCAAACUGUGGAAACUGCACUGAAAAGGAUACGGGCAUUUGUGUGUAAGGGAAAGGAAGAAGAAGAAAUGCCAACCAAGAAUAAGAAGCGAUGGCAGAAAAAUCUCCGACUCAGCUUCUCAGCUCGAAGAUUUGAAGAAGGAGUCAUGUCGCCACACAUGAUGUCUCCUAACUCCCCAAUUCCUCACUCGCCGCUUGUUCGUGCUAAAUAGAUGGCAUGCACAUAAUAUAUAAUAAUCUUGAUUAAUCUCUCUGGCCAGUUCUUGGAUAAUAUUGCUAAUUUAUUCAUUAUAUCUUUUAUUAAAUUCCCAUUAAUUAGUUUGGAAGCUGUUAGCUUUUUUGUGGGAAUAUUAAUGUUUUCUCAUGGAUAGGAACCAGCAAGUCAUUUAUCAUGUUUAGCUGACUAAAUGAAUGGAGAGAGAUAUAAAACUAUGUAUUUUUGUU